UUGAAAAUAUUUUUUUAAUUGGUCCCACUGACACUGAAAUUCGUGGUAAUAAAUUACUUUCAAGAAUCCAGGUGUUGAAAGUUUUGUUGUUCAAUAUAAGACAAGUGAAAUUACCAAUACAUGAAAGUGCAAGGCUUUAGAUAAAAGAAGUGGAGGUAUUUUGGCAAAAAGCUCGAAUACCAACUCAUAGACAGGAUCAUUGUAUCGCGAAGUUGAAAACUUUGUCUGAAGAUUUGAGAACUUUGCAAAAAACUGCCGGCAGAUCAUGCAACUUGGAAAAAGAAAGAAAUUCACUUCUGAAUUUGAUAACCUAUUUGACAUUGCUCAUGCACAAGUGGAUUAUAUGAUCAAUGAUGAGCAGAAAGCAUUUUUGUCGAAACAACGAGAAAAAGGGCGGAUAGGUUAUAUUUCGAAUAUUUGUACCGUUCAUGAUGGUACUGAGGAACUUGCUCGAAAUUACGACGGUGGAGAUGAUUCUCCGAGGCCACAUAAAAGAAGAAAACAGGAGAAAAGCCCAUUUACUCAAGCGAAGCAAAGUCCUGCUAUUUUAUCUUUGGCUUCGAGUCAAGAAAGUGCUUUGUCCCAUGAAUCAGCGACAACGUCCAAUUUUUCAUACGUGCCCAGUGAAGAAGAACCAUCUGAAUCGAGGACAUCACGGGGAUCUAUAAGUGUCAUGACGAAAAGUUGGUUGCGGUUUUGGAUAAAUGCAAAGUCAGUGACAGAAAUGGCCUUCAUUGAAUAAUCUCAAUAGCGCAAGCAUUGAACAUUGAUGUCAAUACAUUGAUUAUUAACAAAACAUCCAUUCGCAAAUGUCGAGAAAAAUUGCGUGAAUCGAGAGCCGCAACUGUGAAAGAAAUAUUCAAGAACACAGAAUUGAACGCAGCUGUAUUACAUUGGGAUGGGAAAUUGACGCGUAACUU